CCGAUUAGUACGUAAUCAAAGGUGACUCGCCAUGGCUGCAACAAGUGCCGUUGUUUGGUUGUUUCUGCUGCUAGGAACAACCAACCAUUUCCUAGUGGCGACGACGUCGGCGAUGGAAAAUCCUAGCGAAUUCUACACGUCCGUGGUGAACAUGGAACAUCUGUUGGACAGCGAACAGGCCAUCCUGAAGAGGUUGGACAAAUAUAUUCGGUUGUCGGAGGAGAAAAUAAAGUUCCUGAAAAAGCAACUCGCCAAACUGGAGAGUGACGUCGAAGGUGCCUCGAAGAACCGGAUCUCCUUCCUAUCGAAUCCGAUCAAUGCAUUCCUGAUGACGAAACGGUUGGUGACGGAUUACGGAAAGAUCGAUGAAUUCAUGAAGAUGGACGUGGGUGUGUCGUUGAUUGAUAACUCAACGAUGCUACCGACGUACGACGACUACUGGGGUGUCGCGGAAGCACUGGGAAAUCUCCAGCACGUCUAUCAGCUCGAUACGGCCGAAUUGGUUACGGGCCGAGUUCGUGGUAAGAUCACCGGGCGGGAAUUGACAGCCGAUGAGUGUUUUCGGGUUGGUUCGGCGAUGGGUCUAGCGAAACAGUUCAAGUACUCGAUUUUGUGGCUGGAGGAAUCGCUUCGACGAUGGGAAUGGGAAGAUUCGCCGGGAAUUAGCAAGUCGGAAAUUCUGGAUUUCCUAUCCUACUCACUGGCCGAGGAUGGUCACUAUGAGGAGGCACUGAAGCGAACGAAUGAACUGCUUAAAAUUGUACCUGAUCAUGCCAAUGGUCUAAAUAAGAAGAAAGUUGUGGAAGAAUGGCUGGAACACGUCAAACUGCACGGACCAAAACCGAGCACCGACGUCGAUCGAGGAUUGUACGAGGCCCUGUGUCGAGGAGAUCACCAAAGACCGAUCGCUGAUUGGUCCAAGAUGCGUUGCCGGUACGAGUUCGGCAGGACUCCCUUCCUUCGGAUUGCUCCGUUCAAACUGGAAGAGGUAAGCUUCGACCCGCUGAUUGAAGUUUACCACGACGUGUUGUCCGACAAGGAAAUCGAGAAACUGUUGUCAUUGGGUAGACCGAAAAUUAGACGAUCGAUGGUCGGUGAGAACAGUAACAAGGAAGUGUCAAAGUCCCGAACGAGUCAGAACGGUUGGCUGGAUGACGGUGAACAUCCGUUGGUGCGAACGGUGACCCUUCGGACGAUGGACAUCAGUGGUUUGGAUGAUAAAGGAUUCGAGUCACUGCAGAUUAACAACUACGGUAUCGGAGGUCACUAUCUUCCGCACUACGACUGGACACGACCGGAUGGUGACAAACCAGUGUACGAGGAAUUGGGUUUAGGAAAUCGAAUCGGCACGGUGAUGUAUUAUCUUAGUGAUGUCGAACAAGGAGGAGCAACCGUUUUCCCUCUGCUUGGAGUGGGUGUGUUCCCGAAGCGAGGAUCGGCCAUUUUCUGGUACAACCUACAUCACAACGGAACCGGAGACGAGCGAACGCUGCACGGUGCCUGUCCGGUUCUGAUCGGUUCCAAAUGGGUCGCCAACAAAUGGAUUCACGAAUACCAUCAGGAGUUCCGGAGACCUUGUGAAUUGCAAGCGGAAAAAAUAUAGCAAAUAUAUAACACAUGAGAUACGGUUUUUUGUCUAUAAACUGAAUGCCUAAACUGACCGUCUUAAAUA